GAAGAGUCCGUGGGCCUUACUACUGUUUCCGUUGUUUCUCCUUCGGUCACACGCAGACCCUCACUAUGACCGGGUUUGUGGCCGCCCUCCUCCUCUGGACCCUGGUUUCUCCUGGCAGCAGUGACUGGGGCGGAGGCUCGGCGUGGCCCACACACACAGCCUGCAGGAAGGAGGGCUUGGAAGUGCUGUACCAGAGCUGCGAUCCACUACAGGAUUUUGGCUUUUCUGUUGACCAGUGUGCCAAACAUUUGAAACCGAAUCUCAACGUUAGAUUUGGCAUCAUUCUGAGGGAGGACAUCAGAGAGCUGUACCUUGACAUAGCUCUCAUCAGUAAAGGUGACUUUGUUUUGAAUUAUUCCUACCCCAUCUGUGAGGCGGAGCUACCCAAGUUUUCUUUCUGUGGAAGGAAGAAAGGAGAGCAGAUGAACUAUUAUGGGCCAAUCAAUAAUCCCGGAUUUGAAGUUUACGAGGGAAAAUACCAGGUUCUGGUGGAACUGUACAAUGAAAAACGUGCCACCGUGGCUUGUGCCAACGCUACGAUCAUUUGCUCCUGACCUGGGUCUGCAGGCCGAAGUACAGCAAGCUCAGCGCCAUGGCAGCGCCACUGUCCACAGAUCCAACCCACUGUGGAAGGGAGCCAGUGAUGACGGAGAGGCGCUCCUCACAGCAGCCCCACCAGGCGCAGCUGCGGCUUCCAACCCCAGGCCAGGGCCGCCCUGACUGCGGCUUAUCCCUCCUCGGGAGCCUCAGUAGAGUCCUCCCUGUCCCAGGGAGUCACCUCAUCGGGUUUCCUCUUUCUCAACUCCUCCAGAGCGUUUUCUCUUGGGCACCCAGAAUAAAGACUGUGACCCACAA